AUGUCAGCGGUAUGGUUUUACCCAAAUGAUAACUGGUCCAUAGGACCUACACAGCGUUUAGGAAUAUACCGCGGCACGGCGCCAAAGGCGACCGAGCUCAAUUGGGAAGCUAACCCCCGAAGGAGCAAUCAUCCCAAGAACUCAAGGUCACAUGCCGAACUUGAUCUUAGUACCCGUCGACGGGGCUGCUUCUGUCUCAUCCGCUACACAAGGUUGCGGCAACAACCGUUAACUUGUUGCUCAAGUCCACACGACUCAGACCCUGCCGAAGCAGAGGAGAAGUGA